CAUCGUUUUGGAAUAUUCUUUGGUUAAAUGCUAUUUCCAUUUGAUUAACGGGAUGUUAAAAAGCUAAGAGGGAAAGUAAAGUUAAUUAAUAAAUUAAGACUAAAACAUAUAAACCAAAUGGUUUGGUUACGUGUGGUAGACAGAAAUCCUUUACAAUUUCCAUCCCGUUAGUAUUAUCUAUGUGCUGGCGUUUCAUUCAGUCAUUUCAGCACCACCACCAACAACGACAGCGACUAUUGCUCUGGGAGCUUGAAAAGUGUGCAGCCUGUAUUUCAUCUGGAUCUUAUUGGAAAAUCUACUCUAACAAAAGCACACAGUCCGUAUCAUAAGAAGAAAAUACAAUUUGUGUUAGUAUUGGAAAUGUUACUUUUCGUGCUCGCUUCAGACAGUUACUGCUGCUGCUGUAUUGAAAAUAUGGGCAUCCUCAUCUGAGGCGAUUUACAGGAGAUUUUCCAAAAACCCAUUAUCAGGAGAAAAAUAAGCAAGGGAGUCAGGAACGUGGCUUGGCAUGAUUUGUGAAAUAUAAUAAAGACAAAAAAACAAAAGAUUCUGAAAUCAUACCACCUGUUACAAAAAUAAGGGAUCAGUGUGUACAGUUGGACCAAACCCAGAAAUUAAAAUGGUCCUUUGCUACAAUCAAUGCCCAUGGAAACAUCAUGAUCCGUGUAUAGCUGUACUGAUAGAUGAAUAGGUUCCAAAACACUGGGUGAAAAAGUUACAGAUCAUCAUCCCUCACUGUGCCAUAGUAGCACAUGGAUUUCAGGACUGCCAGUGAGGAGACAAAGACUGGGGUUUUUUUGCUGCAGGAUGGUAAUCAGGAACCUUUCAACGUUCGACUGCACUUAGCUAAAGACAUUCUGACUAUACAGGAACAGGAUGUUAUAUGUGUGUCAGGAGAACCUUUCUAUUCCAAUGAAAGAACAGUGACAAUCAGAAGACAAACAAUUGGAGGAUUUGGGCUAAGUAUCAAGGGUGGAGCUGAACACAAUAUUCCAGUAGUCAUAUCCAAAAUUUCCAAAGAACAAAAAGCUGAACUUUCAGGACUGCUGUUCAUUGGAGAUGGAAUCCUUCAGAUAAAUGGAAUAAAUGUGAGAACCUACCGACAUGAAGAACUAGUUCAAGUCUUGCGGAAUGCAGGAGAGGAAGUAACCCUUACAGUUUCUUUUCUGAAAAAAACACCGGCUUUCCUUAAACUGCCUCUCAGUGAAGAUUGUGCCUGUGUUCCCAGUGACCAAAGCAGUGGGACAUCUUCACCUCUCUGUGACAGCGGGUUGCAUCUUAACUACCACCCAAACAACACGGACACACUGUCUUGCUCAUCAUGGCCUACAUCACCAGGCUUUAGGUGGGAGAAGAGAUGGGUUGAUUUGAGGUUAAUCCCCCUGCUUCAUUCACGCCUGUCACAGUAUAUACCAGGUUCAGACAUUUGCAGGCAAAAUGCAUUUCAAGUAAUUGCAGUGGAUGGGGUAUGCAGUGGGAUAAUACAGUGCCUGACUGCAGAAGACUGCUUUGACUGGCUACAAGCAAUAGCAACUAAUAUUUCCAGUCUCACAAAGCACAAUAUAAAGAAGAUCAACAGAAACUUUCCAGUAAACCAACAGAUAAUCUACAUGGGCUGGGUAGAUGAGCGUGAACAAGACUCUGUCCAGGAUAGAAUGUACACACCAAAGUUCCUUGCCUUGAGGGGUUCCUCACUAUUCAAAUUCACAGCACCUCCAGUAACAACAUGGGACUGGACCAAAGCUGAAAAGACCUUCACUAUGUAUGAAAUUAUGUGCAAAAUUUUAAAGGACAGUGAGCUUCUGGACCAGCGGAAACACUGCUUCAGUGUUCAGACUGAAAGCGGCGAGGAUAUGUUCUUCAGUGUGGAGUUGGAUAGUGAAUUAUCUAUCUGGGAAAAAACCUUCCAGAUAGCAACCUUUCUCGAAGUUGAAAGGAUACAGUGCAAAACAUAUGCUUGUAUAAUGGAAAGUCACCUUAUGGGGCUCACAAUAGACUUCAGCAUGGGAUUUGUGUGCUUUGAUGCAGCAUCAAAGGCUGUGCUUUGGAGAUACAAGUUUUCCCAACUUAAAGGUUCCUCAGAUGAUGGAAAGAGCAAGAUUAAAUUCCUGUUCCAAAAUCCGGACACCAAACACAUUGAAGCCAAGGAACUGGAGUUUUCAAAUCUCUUUGCAGUGCUGCACUGUAUUCAUUCUUUCUUCGCUGCCAAAGUUGCUUGUCUGGACCCUCUCUAUGUGGGCAGUCAGGGUGCUGCUGCUGCUGUCACCAAUACUGCUUGUGUUGCUGCUACAGGGAAGAUAAACUACUCUACCUGACAGCCCCUGCACGGUGCAGUGCAUUACUGUCUCACAGUACAUGAAUAUUCAUCGUAUCCUAUAUAGCCUAGAGGGAGCUGAUCACAGAAGCCAAUUCAGGAACAUCUCAGCGGGGGACAAAGUGAUCAUCAAUUUUUGUUUUCUGCAAGAAAAUAGAGAAUAAUCCAAGCUCAAACUGGAGAUUGCAUAUACUUACCUUUAGUGUGAUUUAUGAGCACUAUUUUUUUAAUACUGUAUAAAAUAAAAGGUCAUUCAAGAAGUGUCACAAUCAACACAGCACAUACAGUUCUAUGACUCAUUUUAAACAACUAGACAUAGAUCAGAUUUGUGGACUGCCACUGUCCCUAUUAUGUUGUAGGCUCCACAGAUUACAGUGGGCUCAAGAUUUUCUUUACCUCAAGCCCCUGGAGGAUUACAGUGUGGCAGAUAUAAAGUAUGAACAAGAUAUGUCUUGUUGUCUGUUAGUUUACACACAGAACAUGCAAAAUCACAAUAGAAGGCUUCGGUUUAUUUUGACAUUAGUGUAGACUGCUCUAGAUAUCACUUUAUAUAUCCGGAGGCAUGGGAAUGUGCAAUAGGGUAUUUUUAAAGCUAUCUUUUUUUUGUAUGUGCUUUAUUUAAAAAGAUGCAGUCCAGAAAAUGUAGAGCCAACUCUAAAGAUAAUCUAUUACUCAUAAUCACAAGGAAUGCAGGGGUGUUGGGGGUUUAGGUUUUCAUCCAUUGUGUUUGAUAGAGAUGCAUUACAUUUUGAAUUUGCAAACACAAAACAGUUAAGUUAAUUUUAUUUAUGUUAAAAUUAAUUAUGUAUAUAUUUAAAGAAAUUAUAGGCACUGUUCGCAGAGAUGUGUGGACCAGAUAAAAAGUUAACAUCAUGAAUUAAGGGCAGUCCCAUUUGGAUUUUUUUUUUCUUUUUUUUUGGAAUCGUUGCAUAUCGUAUUUAUAAAAGGGCCUAAACAUUUGACAUGAGGUGUAAUCAGAGAAAAUAAAAUAAUAUAGUUCAAAAGGCUUAAUUAGUUUCAGUAUCUUUUACAAAAAUAAGUCAUGCAAGAAAUGGACAGGGACAUACCCAAAAUGGGUCUACAGAGUCAAAACAGUUAGAUAUUGUAGUCACAAAGCAAUUUCCAGUGGUCUGUUCAGUUCCUCGUUCAGGUCUUGGGUGUUGGUGUCCUAAUUAAGGUUCUACAGUAGUGACAUGAAUACAUUAUUUUACAGAUAUUAAAUAUCCCAGAAGAUUAUUUUUUAACACUAUAACAGUAGCCUAAAUGAAUUGUAAAAUGAAAUCACUUGUAUGUUUAUUUUAACAUACAUAAUAAAUAGUGUUGUUUCUUUUGUAAAUAUAAGUAGAUUGCGCAUGUUUAUUGUUUACACAAAAUAAAAGGUUUAAACAAUUCACUUAAAAAAACUUACAAAACAAAACCUACCUCAAUACCGAGGACUAACUAAACACGAAAAUGCCCUGGCUAAGACGGGACAGCUAAGCUGUUUACCCGAAGAAUAUUGUGUUCAGUUCUGGUCACCUCGUUACAAAAAGGAUAUUGCUGCUCUAGAAAGAGUGCAAAGAAGAGCGACCAGAAUUAUCCCGGGUUUAAAAGGCAUGUUGUAUGCAGACAGGCUCAAAGAAUUGAAUCUGUUCAGUUUUAAACAAAGAAGACUACGAGGCGAUCUGAUUCAAGCAUUCAGAAUUCUAAAAGAUAUUGACAAUGUCGACCCAGGGGACUUUUUCGACCUGAAAAAAGAAACAAGGACCAGGGGUCACAAAUGGAGAUUAGAUAAAGGGGCAUUCAGAACAGAAAAUAGGAGGCACUUUUUAUACAGAGAAUUGUGAGGGUCUGGAACCAACUCACCAGUAAUGUUGUUGUUGAAGCGGACACCCUGGGAUCCUUCAAGAAGUUGCUUGAUGAGAUACUGUGAUCAAUAAGCUACCAACAACCAAACUAGCAAGAUGGGCCGAAUGGCCUCCUCUCGUUUGUAAACUUUCUUAUGUUCUAAAACACUCUCCUUUAUUAGCAGUACUUUCAAAUACCCACUCGGAUGCACGUACACAGCCGCCAUGAACUCCUUAUCUUUCCCACCCUGAACAAUGCUACACCCAUGGUUUUACUAUGAUUAAUUACAAAUUAUUAAUUUACGACUAGAACAGGUGAGCUCUAUUACCUUUCAAACCGUAAUAAACAUAUUAACAUUUUAGUAUCAAAUUGACCUCUAGUGGUCAUCCUUGUAACUACACCAUACAAACCCAACACCAUGGUCAACAUGGGAGAAUGUUAUGCCCUUUUCAUACGGAGACUAAUAUAUUCCCCGUUCACCACUCUCCCAAUAAUAUAUAUAUAUAUAUUAUACACACACACACACACACACACAAUUUGUUGCAUAUGUAAAGAACAAAUUUAUAGCGCACACAAAAUAUUAAUAUUAAAUAGAUUCUUUAUUAUAUUUUUAAAAAGACAUACCAAUCUACCGGUUUCGGCACAAAUGUGCCUUCAUCAGGAAAGCACAUAAAAUUCACUCAGGAGUUAUAUAUUAGUUCCAAUUAACAAGUCAGAACCAGUUUUUCAAACAGCAACAAUCACAUUAAUUAACGCAUAUACAAACAUUUAUCAAUCAUCCAUAAUUAAUCACAAAUUAUCAGCUCCCGGUCAUCAAUACAAUUUCAUAAUGAAACCACUGUGGGGAUGACAAAACGAAUCAGAGUUACCAGUAUUACCACACACGGCACAAUUGCCACAUUUGUUAUUCUCUUUGGGCUGACCGCCAAGCCAUGUACUUUGUGAUACUGUUUUUAAAUCACUAUGAACCAACUGAUCUCUUAGAUUAGGAGCUCGUCUAAACACUAUUCUUUGGAGGAGUCUCCACAAAUUGUUUUAAAGUGUAAUCACGCUGUAAUACAUUCCAAUGUUUUAAUAAUUCUCCUCACAUCUUCAGCUUGUGUUGGAAAACAAGUCAUACAAAUUGGUGUCUCCUCAAUUUGUUUAACAUUUAAAUCAGAAUUAAGAAACUGAGAUCUUGGUUUAAUAGCUGCAUGUUUAAUUGCUCUAUUUAUGUUAGGAACAUCAUAACCACGUUCACAUUUUUUUUAUUAUUAUUAUUUCAACUUGUUUUUCAUAUUCUUUAUCCUCAUCACAAUUAUGUCUCAAUCUCACAAAUUGGCUGUAUGGAAUACUGUUAAUCAAAUGUCUAGGAUGGAAACUCGAAGCUCUCAAUAAAAUGUAUUUCUAUCAGUUCCCUUCCUAUAGAUUGAUGUAUAUAAUAAACCUGAAUCAUCUUUAUAAACAUCUAAAUCCAAUAAAUGUAUAUGUGUUUCAUUAAAAUCCAUAGUAAACUUUAGGCUUGCAUCUCUACUGUUCAUAUAGGUAUAGAAUUUAUUAAGCUCAAGCUCCGUCCCAUCCCAUAUCAUUAAUAUAUCGUCUAUAAAUCAUUUCCAUACAACAAUGUGAUUAACAAAAGGAUUCUUAUUGAUGUCAUAAAUGGUCUCCUCCUCCCAUUUAUCAACAAACAGAUUGGCAAAAUGUGGAGCAAAUGGGGAUCCCAUAGCUGUUCCCUUUACUUGUUGAUAGAAUUGAUUUUCAAAAGUAAAAUUAUGAUUUUGUAAAAUGAAUUUAGCCAAAUCCAAUAAA